ACACGGACUUGUUUGCGGGGUGACAGGAGGCCGGUCCAUGUGGUGCGUUCACGAGCGGGCCCAGAACAGAAGCACUUUAGUAAGCUAUCACGUUUUAGUUUUAGCUGUUGAAUGAUCGUCUAAGUCCAGAGUCAAAGAUGCUGCUAAAGGCGCCGGACGAUGAAGAGACGGUUGUGUUUACCACUGUUGCCGCCUUCGUCCAGGUGCAGGUGGAGCCAGUGGGUCGUUGGUUUGAAGCCUAUGUGAAAAGGAGGAACAGGAAUGUGUCUACUUCAUACCAGGAGCUGGAGGAAGAAGAGGAGUCCACAGAGGAGUCUGAGGAUGAAGAGUUUCAGCUGGAGGAGUACCCCAUGCUCCGAACUCUUGACCCCAAAGACUGGAAGAACCAAGACCACUACGCUGUGCUAGGUCUGCCUCACCUGAGGUACAAAGCAACUCAGAAACAGAUCAAGGCUGCUCACAAAUCCAUCGUGUUGAAGCAUCAUCCGGAUAAGCGGAAAGCAGCUGGUGAGCAGAUUGUGGAAGGAGACAACGACUACUUCACCUGCAUCACAAAAGCUAUCGAAGUGCUCUCUGACCCGGUGAAGAGACGAGCCUUCGACAGUGUGGAUCCCACCUUUGACAACAGCGCUCCCUCCAAGGCUGAAGGCAAAGACAACUUCUUCGAUGUCUUCUCCCCGGUGUUCGACAGAAACGCUCGCUGGUCGACAAAGAAACAUGUACCCAAACUCGGAGGCAUGGAGUCAUCAUUCGAGGAAGUGGACAACUUCUACUCCUUUUGGUACAACUUUGACUCCUGGAGGGAAUUUUCUUACUUGGAUGAGGAAGAGAAAGAAAAAGCUGAAUGCCGAGACGAGAGGAGAUGGAUUGAAAAGCAGAAUCGAGCGUCCAGAGCUCAGAGGAAGAAGGAGGAGAUGAACAGAAUACGAACAUUAGUUGAUACGGCGUACAGCUGCGAUCCUAGGAUAAAGAAAUUCAAGGAGGAAGAAAAAGCCAGGAAGGAAUCUGAGAAGAAGGCCAAAGCUGAAGCCAAGAAGAGAGAGCAGGAGCAGAAGGAGCGAGCCCUACAGGCUGAGCAGGAGGCGGCUCGCCUGGCAAAGGAGAAGGAGGAAGAGGAGGCACGACAGGUGGCGCAGCUGGCGAAGAAGGAGAAGGACAUCCAGAAGAAAGCCAUCAAGAAGGAGAGGCAGAAGCUGAGAAGCGCCUGCAAGACCUGGAACUACUUUGCUGACAACGACGCCGACAGUGUGAAGAUGAUGGAGGAGGUGGAGAAGCUCUGUGACCGGCUCGAGCUCACCAGUCUGCAGUCGCUCAACGAAGUCCUGGCCUCAGGUUCUAAAGAGGAGAGCAAGGAGGCCGUGCAGAAGCAGGUGCUGGAGGUGAACGCUCAGAUCCAGAAGGACCGGGACGCGGAGCUUCAGGCCCAGCAGGCCGCUCGGAACAGUGAACAGGCCAGCGGUGGAGGAGGAGGCGGAGGGGGAGGCAAGGGCUGGAACGAAGACGAUCUACAGCUGCUCAUCAAAGCGGUCAACUUGUUUCCUGCUGGAACCAACGCCAGGUGGGAGGUGAUCGCCAACUACAUGAACAUACACUCCAGCAGCAGCAUCAAGAGGACGGCCAAAGAUGUCAUCAACAAGGCCAAGACGCUUCAACGACUCGAUCCUGGGCAAAAAGAUGAGAUCAAUAAAAAGGCCUUUGAGAAAUUUAAGAAGGAGCACACAUCCGUUGCACCCACUGUGGACAAUGCCGUCCCAUCUGAGAGGUUUGAUGGUUCUGGUGGCGAUGGCAACACUGCCCCCUGGACCACGGAGGAACAAAAGCUUCUGGAACAAGCUCUGAAGACGUACCCGGUCAGCACACCUGAGCGCUGGGAGAAGAUCGCAGCCGCCGUGCCGGGACGGAACAAGAAAGACUGUAUGAAGAGGUACAAGGAACUGGUGGAAAUGGUCAAAGCCAAGAAGGCGGCGCAAGAGCAAGUGGCAGCCAAAAGUAAAAAAUGACCACAAAGACAAUAGUAUGUGUUAUUUUAACAUUAUUGUGAUGUCUUUAUUUUAUAAUAAAAAAAAAUUAAAGGAUGAAC